GAAUUUCUCACCAUUUUCUUCCCUUCUUCUCCUCUUCAGUAAAAACACAAUAAAUACAUCCUUGCUGCUUGCGCAUUUUUCGACCUCCUUCCCCGUCGUUCCAAGUUUGCCGGUUAACUUCCCUUCAACAGUAGGUAUCUAUUCUGCUCUACUCACUUGAUUUCUCCUUCUUAGUGUAAUGGCGCCCAAAGAAAUUGAUUGACCGUAAGAACCUUCUCCCUUCCCUUCGACCAUUCACUCCAACAAUCUCAAUCUAAAAUUUUCGAGUUUUGAAUAGAAAGGAAAAAAAUUGUAAAAGAAUAUAAUGAAACAAGUAUAAGUAUCUAUGAUGUUUUUUUUGCCUUCUUUUCACUUGGGAGAAGGAGACAAUGCAAUAUGGACCGAUAUUUCUUUUAUACGGAAGAAAUUGGCAAAAUUUAUUGAAAUCUCUAGAAUUUUUUCAGAAAAAUAUUCAAAUAUUAUUAUUGUGUAAGAGACCAUAAAUAUCAAUAGCCCAAAUUGAAAAACUAUUGCAAUGAUAUAAGAAGCCCAAAUAAUAUAAAAGCUCAGAUAGAGCAAUUAAAAUUGGAUCGCAGCCCAUUUUGCAGAGCCCAUUUUAGCUUUAGGGUUUUGCCCUAUUUUACCAUUCUUUUUCUGCGUCUGUGUAAUUCUUGCCUCCCCUCUCCCCUCUUUCUUGUCUACCCCACCCCGUCGGACUCCUCCUGCGGAGCGCACCGGAAUUUGGUGAAAAAUGGUUUUUGUCAAAGCCCAAAAAUCGAAAGCUUACUUCAAGCGUUUCCAAGUUAAGUACAAGAGAAGAAGAGAGGGAAAGACUGACUAUCGGGCAAGGAUUCGCAUGAUCAAUCAGGAUAAGAACAAGUACAACACGCCAAAGUUUCGCUAUGUUGUGCGAUUUACCAAUAAGGAUAUAAUUUGCCAAAUUUUGUCAUCUAGCAUCGCUGGUGAUCACGUCCUUGCUGCUGCGUAUGCGCAUGAGCUGCCUCAUUAUGGCCUAGAAGUUGGGCUAACCAACUAUGCUGCGGCUUACUGCACUGGACUUCUUUUGAGUCGUCGUGUCCUGAAGACACUUGAAUUGGAUGAGGAGUACGAAGGAAAUGUGGAGGCAACAGGAGAGGACUAUUCUGUUGAGCCUGCUGAAAGCAGAAGGCCGUUCCGUGCCCUUUUGGAUGUUGGCCUCAUCAAAACUACUACUGGAAAUCGUGUUUUUGGUGCCCUCAAGGGUGCUCUGGAUGGUGGACUUGACAUCCCGCACAGUGAUAAGAGAUUUGCUGGAUUUAGCAAGGACAGCAAGCAGCUCGAUGCCGAAGUGCACCGCAAGUACAUUUAUGGGGGGCAUGUUGCUUCCUACAUGCGGACUCUGAUUGAAGAUGAACCUGAGAAGUACCAGUCUCACUUUAGUGAGUACAUUAAGAGGGGUAUUGAGGCAGAUAACAUUGAAGAGGUGUACAAGAAGGUUCAUGCAGCAAUUCGUGCUGACCCAACACCUAAGAAAUCUGAAAAGAAGCAGCCAACAGAGCACAAGAGGUACAACCUUAAGAAGUUAACUUAUGAGGAGAGGAAGAACAAGUUGAUCGAGAGGUUAAAUGCUCUGAAUGCUGCUGCUGGUAAUGAUGAUGAUGAUGAGGAGGAGGAAGAUGAUGAGUGAACCGUCAUUGAUAGACAGUAGGGUGUAUUAUCUUGUCAAAAUUUUGCUUUGUUGCGGUAAUCCGAUGGAUGCUUCAAUUUAUUGUUGUUUUUCUCGACAAGAAUUCAUUACCAGUAUUGAUGCACUCUUGUCUAGACUUUUAAUUAUCUUUUCUAGAUGUGAUGAGUUUGAACUUUGUCCUAAUAUGGGUUCUUAUA